UUGCUGUUGGUUCUGUGGAUGACAGGUGACAAAACCGGCAAUGAAGCAGCUGCUGUGCCAGCUCUGGCUUUCGGGAAGUCAGAUGACCUUUUCCCUCCCUCGGCUCUCUGCCUCUAGCUGCUCCUAGGGAGGACACCAUGGACUCACUGAUGGUUCUCCUUUGCCUGCUGUUCCUGUAUCCAGGCCCGGCAGACUCGGCUCCCUCCUGCCCUCAGAAUGUGAAUAUCUCCGGUGGCACCUUCACCCUCAGCCACGGCUGGGCCCCUGGGAGCCUUCUCAUCUACUCCUGCCCCCUGGGCCGGUACCCAUCCCCAUCAACACGGCUGUGCAAGAGCAGCGGACAGUGGCAGACCCCAGGAGCCACCCGGUCUCUGACUAAGGCAGUCUGCAAACCUGUGCGCUGUCCAGCCCCUGUCUCCUUUGAGAAUGGCAUUUAUACCCCACGGCUGGGGUCCUACCCCGUGGGUGGCAACGUGAGCUUCGAAUGUGAGGAUGGCUUCACAUUGCGGGGCUCGCCUGUGCGACACUGUCGCCCCAACGGCAUGUGGGAUGGAGAAACGGCUGUGUGUGACAAUGGGGCUGGCCACUGCCCCGACCCAGGCAUUUCGCUGGGCGCGGUGCGAACGGGCUCCCGCUUUGGUCUUGGGGACAAGGUCACCUAUCGCUGCUCCUCGAAUCUUGUGCUCACGGGGUCUGCAGAGAGGGAGUGCCAAAGCAACGGGGUCUGGAGUGGGACAGAGCCCAUCUGCCGCCAGCCCUACUCGUAUGACUUCCCUGAGGAUGUGGCCCCUGCCCUGGGCACUUCCUUUUCCCACCUGCUUGGGGCCACCAAUCCCACCCAGAAGACGAAGGAAAACCUGGGCCGUAAAAUCCAAAUCCAGCGCUCUGGUCACCUGAACCUCUACCUGCUCCUGGAUUCUUCGCAGAGUGUGUCGGAAAAGGACUUUCUCAUCUUCAAGGAGAGUGCCUCCCUCAUGGUGGACAGGAUCUUCAGCUUUGAGAUCAACGUGAGUGUCGCCAUUAUCACGUUUGCCUCAAAGCCCAAAGUCCUCAUGUCUGUCCUGUACGACGCCUCCCGGGAUGUGACUGAGGUGAUCAGCAGUCUGGAAAAUGCCAAGUACAAAGAUCAUGAAAACGGAACUGGGACGAACACCUAUGAGGCCCUGCACAGUGUCUAUCUCAUGAUGAACAACCAAAUGCGAAUCCUUGGCAUGGAAACGAUGGCCUGGCAGGAAAUCCGACAUGCCAUCAUCCUCCUGACAGAUGGAAAGUCCAAUAUGGGUGGCUCUCCCAAGACAGCUGUUAACCUUAUCAGAGAGAUCCUGAACAUCAACCAGAAGAGGAACGACUAUUUGGACAUCUAUGCCAUUGGGGUGGGCAAUCUGGAUGUGGACUGGAAAGAACUCAAUGAGCUGGGGUCCAAGAAGGAUGGCGAGAGGCAUGCCUUCAUUCUCCAGGACACAAAGGCUCUGCACCAGGUCUUUGAACAUAUGCUGGAUGUCUCCAAGCUCACAGACACCAUCUGCGGGGUGGGGAACAUGUCAGCAAAUGCCUCUGACCAGGAGAGGACACCCUGGCAUGUCACUAUUAAGCCCAAGAGCCACGAGACCUGUCGGGGGGCCCUCAUCUCUGACCAAUGGGUCCUGACAGCCGCUCACUGCUUCCUCGAUGCCAAGGACCACUCCCUGUGGAGGGUCACUGUGGGAGAUCCCAAAUCCCAGUGGGGCAAAGAAUUCCUUAUUGAGAAGGCAGUGAUCUCCCCAGGGUUUGAUGUCUUUGCCAAAAAGGACCAGGGAAUCUUGGAGUUCUACGGUGAUGACAUUGCCCUGCUGAAGCUGGCCCAGAAAGUAAAGAUGUCCACCCACGCCAGGCCCAUCUGCCUUCCCUGCACUGUGGAGGCCAAUCUGGCUCUGCGGAGACCUCAAGGCAGCACCUGUAGGGACCAUGAGAAUGAACUGCUGAACAAACAGAGUGUUCCUGCUCAUUUUGUCGCCUUGAAUGGGAGCAAACUGAACAUUAACCUCAAGACGGGGGCGGAGGGGAGAAGCUGUGCCGAGGUGGUCUCCCAGGAGAAAGCCAUGUUCCCCAACUUGACAGAUGUGAGGGAGGUGGUGACAGACCAGUUCCUAUGCAGUGGGACCCAGGAGGAUGACAGUCCCUGCAAGGGAGAAUCUGGGGGAGCCGUUUUCCUUGAGCGGAGAUUCAGGUUUUUUCAGGUGGGUCUGGUGAGCUGGGGUCUUUACAAUCCCUGUCUUGGCUCUGCUGACAAAAACUCUCGCAAAAGGGCCCCUCGUAGUAGGGUCCCGCCGCCACGAGACUUUCACAUCAAUCUCUUCCACGUGCAGCCCUGGCUAAGGCAGCAUUUGGGGGAUGUCCUGAAUUUUUUGCCCCUCUAAUUAUGGCCACCGAGACAUCUGCUGCCCUGCCAGGAUCUGCCACCCCUCCAUCAUCUACCUCUGAAUACCCACCCUUAGACCCUGUGACCCAUCCCUCUCCUAGCUGAGUAAAUCUGGGUCUCUAGGAUACCAGAGGCAGUACACUCAAACUGGGCAAUCCUCAGGGCUCCCGCCAGCGGGACUGCCUCACUGCCCCACCUCCUGCUCCUUGGCCUGUGCCCAAAUUCCUCCCCUGGUUUACUGGACUCCUGCUUGUUUCACUUUCACAUGGAAUUUCCCAGUUAUGAAAUUAAUAAAAAUCAAUGGUU